AGAGGGAAGUCCAGGAGCAGAGCAUUCUGUCCCUCCUGGAGAGGGUCAUGUUGGGAGGUAUGUUUAAGGAUAUUCAUACUUAAGCACAGGUGACUUAAUUAGUACCUCGGUUAGUUUGAUUAUGCUAUCUGUGCAGAAGUAUGGCUUUCCUGAAAACAUGGACUGUUAGGGAGUCUUGAGAGCCGAGUUUGGGAAACCCUUCAGUAUGGGAAGAGCAGUGACAAAAUGAGAAACAGUAGAUAACAUAGGUGUUUCUAUAAUGGAUGCAAGGUGUGCAGUGCACACUGGCCCCUGGGGGCGGGGGGCACACACUGCACCCAUAUAUUAUACUUACGUUUGCACUGCAUUCCCAGCGACUACUUUUAACAGAAUAUUUUUAGAUUUGGACUAAUUUUUAACACUGAGAAGCAAGUCUAACAGGUUCUUCAUUCGCAACAGGCAGGGAAACCUGUGCUGCAAAUGGGGAGGAAUGUGUCAAUAGGAAACAGACAGCUAUCUGCUCAAUCAAUAAUCCUGCUUGCCUCUAUUGCUGCAAUCCAGCUCUUGUGCAGAACACCUGUCUGCCCCAUCCCUCCACACCCAGUAUUACUAUUUAGUAUGUGGCAUGCCUAGGUAUAGAGAUCAAUCUCUCCCAGUCUAGUCUGCUGCAUAAGGUGGAGCCUGUGGCUCUCCUCCUACAAUACCAUUUUGAUAAGAGAUCUGCCGUCUGGUCAUUUCCCACCAGCUUUUGGGCUUCUGUACCAGGAAAAGCAGGAAUAAAAUCACCCACAUCCUGCUUUUUAUUCAAGUCUCCAGCAAGGCACCAAGGAUAAUCCAUUUCACGAGGAGCUAUGGAUGGGAAGAAGGGAGCUUCCUGAGUGACUAGUCUAUAGCCUCCUCCCUUCUGUGCUGCUCACUGUCUGUGCUAACAGGCUGCAAACACACACACACACAAUGGCUAAGCAAUAUGAUGUUUUAUUCAGAUUACUUCUCAUUGGGGAUUCUGGGGUUGGAAAAACAUGUUUGCUCUGCAGAUUCACAGACAAUGAAUUUCAUCCUUCCCAUAUCUCAACAAUAGGAGUCGAUUUUAAAAUGAAAACCAUCGAUGUUGAUGGCAUCAAAGUGCGAAUACAGAUCUGGGACACGGCUGGUCAGGAGCGAUACCAGACCAUAACGAAGCAGUACUACAGGAGAGCACAGGGCAUAUUUCUAGUGUAUGACAUAACAAGUGAGCGCUCUUACCAGCAUAUAAUGAAGUGGGCCAGCGAUGUGGAUGAGUAUGCACCUGACGGAGUACAGAAGAUUUUGAUUGGAAACAAAGCUGACGAAGAACAGAAAAGACAGGUUGGGAAAAACCAGGGGAUGAAGCUUGCAGAAGAAUAUGGCAUGGAUUUCUUUGAGACAAGUGCCUGCACGAAUUAUAAUAUAAAAGAGUCAUUCACCAGACUGACGGAGCUGGUACUUCUGGCACAUAAGAAGGAAUUGGAUGGCUUACGAAUUGCAGCCAACGAUGAACUGAAUCUUGCCGACCUUGAAGAGGAUGGCCAUAAAGCUGAUGGAAUGGGAAACUCUAAAUCUUGCUGGUGCUAGACAAGAUCUACUGUGAAGUGGAGAGGUUCAGCUAAAACUGAAGUGUUUGCAGUGUUGUAUUGUAAAAGCUCUCUGAGUUUUGACAGAUGCCAAAAUUCUUAUUGCUCAAGGUCCUAUUUACUAAACAAGACUAGAACCUUCUGAUUCUCCUAUAAUUUACAUUUUAGGUUGGAUGCAUUGUUUCCAACUCUUCUCAAUACAAUUUACAGGGACUCCGGUAUGCAUGUACUGUACUUCCAUGGAUGUUGUCCACAGAGCAUUCACUAGAUGGACAUAGUGGACCAAUGAUGACCAAUGGACAUUUUAAGAAUAUAUUUAUAUAGUAGUUUAAAUGCCUUCACUAAAUAUGUGGUUCUGUGAUAUGACCUAUACACAAAGAAUAGAUACUAAAAGUACAUUAUGCAUAAAGAACAAGAAUGGAA